CUGGAAGACUUGUAGCUGAGCUGUCGUCCGGCUUCUCAAUUCCGAUUUUUUGUACCCUACCUACUAUUUUGGCUAUGAACGCAUUCCCGAACGGCACACGAGUUUUCUUCUGGGGCUCCAAUGGUGACAUCAAGUACGGUGUAGUGCUUUCCACGAGCCGUAUGGGGGAUGGUACACAGAUUGUGGUUAUACAACUGGAUCGUGCAGAAGGCAAUGUUAGCCUGCCAGUUUCCAGUGUCUCAAAAGUAAACUAGUCUCCAUCGCGGAUAUAUUCGAUUUCCCAUACACAGAAUCAGUGGAUACAUACCUAGACACAUAUUGCGGACUAAGAACAUUACACACUGUAUUCAUCAUUUCUUCUUCUCCUUCUUGUAUUCUUCCCGCGCUUGUAUCAACCGUUUCGUGUAUUCCCUCCCGGUAGUUACCCUGAGUUAAUGGUCUCUGGCCUCGUUGACUGUAAAAAUAUCAAGCGGACCGUCUGUCCUAUUAUCCUGCGGUUCUACCAUGCAAGAUACGGUAC